AUGUCUUACCAACGGAACAGUGGAAGAACCUCUCUCGACCUCAGAAGUCAAUAUCAGCAACUGGAAGGCAGAAUGAGGUCGGAACAUUUUAAUCCGGCUUAUCAACAGCAACAACAAAAGGGCCAGAACAUGCCUUUGUCACUACCCUCGUCGCUCGCGCAACGUAACCCUGUACCUUAUCCUAUCGAUGCCGUGACUUCUGAUCACACUAUUCCGGCUCACUCGGAUGUGUAUGAUCAGGAUCGACAAAAUUCGAUGGUCGAUGCUGCGGCUGGCACCAAUGUGACACACUCUUUGAACUCUAAUAAUAUUCCACCCUCUCAAAAUAAUAAUAAUAAUAAUAAUAACGAUGUCAGUAACAUAGGUUCGUUCACUGACCCUUCUAUUCUAGCUAUGCCAAGAAUGUCUCUUCACAGCCACCAGAAACAGUAUAAUUCCAACCAAAACGAUCCUAGGUCGCCUCUGGUGAUACUGAUACCCACUUCUGCACAGCCCACUGACGUGUUAUCUGCCAGGUUUUCUGCCUGGAGAAAUGUUAUUCGUGCCAUAUUGGUAUACCUCUCUGAGACCGCCUCCAUACAGGACGAGAUAGUUAGACAGCAACUGAGAUUAUCUCAUGCUGUACAGUUCCCCUUUUUCAGCAUUGAAAACCAAUAUCAGCCGGUCUCUAAUGAAGAUAAGUCCCUGCAGAAAUUUUUUCUACCUCUAGGUAGUGGGUCCAUCCAAGAUUUGCCCACAAUGCUGACCAAAUAUCACGAGAACCUGGCCUCUUUAGCAUUGAAAAGUUCGAAAGAGUUGACCAGUGAAAUCAUACCUAGACUAGAGGAUUUGAGAAGAGAUUUAUUAGUAAAAAUUAAAGAAAUUAAAGCUUUACAAUCUGAUUUUAAAAAUUCCUGUGGUAAAGAAUUACAGCAGACUAAGCACUUAAUGAAACUUUUUAAUGAAUCCUUAAAAGAAUGUAAAUUAGGUACGCCGAAGAGUGACCCAUUUUUGAUAAAAUUGCAAUUGGAGAAGCAAAUUAAAAGACAAUUGGUUGAAGAAAACUAUUUACACGAGGCAUUCGAUAACUUGCAAAAUUCAGGGGCUCAGUUAGAAAGUGUUAUCGUAAUGGAGAUACAGAAUGGAUUAACUAGCUACGCUAAAAUCCUUGGCAAAGAAGCUCAAGUUGUGUUUGACUCAGUAAUCUCUAAACUAGAUUCCACAAUAUUGAACAAAAACACAAAUCUUGAAUGGGACAGUUUCAUUCUAAGGAACAUUUCCAGUUUUGUACCACCAAAUUUGCCCAUGAGGAAGUUCAAAGAGAUAUCGUACAAUAAUCAAAACGAUCCUUUUACUUUGGAAGUUAAAUCUGGAUUUCUGGAGAAAAGAUCAAAAUUUUUGAAGUCAUAUUCACGUGGGUUUUAUGUCCUUACUCCAAGCUUUUUACAUGAAUUUAAGACCCCGGAUAGGCAUAAAUUUUCCACGCCGUUGAUGUCAAUACCAUUGGUUGAGUGUACCGUUACUGAGCAUUCCAAAAAGACAAAAUCGAACUCAGAGCAAGGAAAGAACAAAUUUAUAUUGCGUACAAAUUCUAAUGGACUAAUACACAGAGGUCAUAACUGGGUUUUCAAAGUAGAUUCUUAUGACGACAUGAUAGAAUGGUUUGAAAAUCUCAAAGCACUAUCAAGUUUGCCCAACUAUGACGACAAAUGUAAAUUUGUGAAUAAAGUCACUAGGCUAUCUAAAAAUAAAGCCAUGAAUAAUGAGAACAUCAUGGAGAGCGUAACCGCACAGGCAACUAAUGAACAAAACACGAAGCCUGAUGAUAUGAGCAGUAGCAAUUUUCCCUUGAAUUCUAUUCCGAAAUUAGACAACUUGACAAUCACAAAUACUACCUCAUCAAUACCGGAAACAGAUGAUUCACAAAUUCAGAAUAGAGUUCCUGAAUUUUACAUUGAAAAUGUUGAUUCCCCUAGGAAAAGUAAUCAGCCAUAA